AUGCAGGCUUACGCGGAAAAGUUCGGCAAAAGCAAGGAAGAGGUGAAGCAGAUGGGGGAUUGGAUGAAAGGCAAGUUCGAUGCCGUGGGGCUGCCUUAUGCCUUCACAGAGAAGGGAAUGGUGAGCAGCACCUUUGAUGCCCACCGGGUCCUCACUGAAGCAUAUCGGCAGGGUGGAGCGGCUGCGCAGGAUAAGGCGGCCGAGGCUUUGUUCCACUCCUAUUUCGCCGAGGAGAAAGCGCCCAAUGACCCCGAGGAACUGAAGAAGGCGGCGGCCGCAGCCGGCAUCGAUGGCGAGGCCCUGGUCGCUGACAAGUCCGUGGCUGCCGCUGAGGUAAAGGAGGAGCUCAAGAUCGGCCAGCAGCUGCGCGUGCGCGGCGUGCCUCACUUCGUGAUUCGGGCCGAUGGUUCAUCGAAGGCGCAGCAGAUUUCUGGUGCCCAGCCACCAGAAGAGUUUGUCGAUGCGAUUCGGGCCAUGGCGAAGUAA